CAGAAGUACAAUAAUUUCAACCUGUGUAGUACGAUAAUAUGGCUAAAACAAUCUGGCAACGCUGCUCAUGACGUCACGGAAAGGAACGGAGCAAUGACACUUCACCCAACAAGACUCAGCCUUCUGAAAUGGAUUUGAUGAUGGGUGUUGGAGAGAGGAGUACCACCACCACCACCACCGCCACCACCACAACCAUCAUCACCACCACCGCCACCACUGCCUGUCCAUCCUGCCCUCUGCCUUAGUGGGAAUGCCUUCAUGGACCUCUCACCAGACAUCAGCCCAGGCAGUCAGCAUGUCACCAGAAGUGGGAGUCAUGCUCGCAGCAGGUCUGUGUCAGACCUGUCCCGGGUCUCCCCGAUGCCUGAGACGGUGAAUGAGGCAAUUGUCAAUGGCACCUACGACAAGAACCUCAACAAGGAGACUGCCAUCAACAGGAACAAUGCCAGUGCACCGGUCUGCUGGAGUGAGCAGCCCCGCAAGUCUUACAGUCUGCCGCAUCGCUACAAGGCUCAGAUCAUUGGGGCGUGCCGGGCGCUGCCGCAGGACUACUCGGCACUCACCACCCCCAUUGUGAAGCCCUCGGAGUUCAAGCAGCAGUUCAUGUCAAUGAGGCAGUGGUUCAACAGGUUCAGCGAUGAGCAGAAGAACAUGGUGCUGGCAGAGCUCCUGGAGCACAUUGGUCCCAUCCAGCUGCACCUGCUGUCUGUGGCCAUCGGUGGCCGGCUGCAUCAUGGCUGCCCUCCAAACUGUGAGGACACCAUUGGCUGGUUUCCCCCUGCCCUGGGGCUCACCAUAUUUUCCUACCUCGACCCUGUCUCCCUGGCCCGGGCCUCUCAGGUGUGCAGGAAGUGGCACAGUCUGGCAUCCCACAACUGCUUGUGGCGGCACUUGUCCCAGCAGAGGAAGUGGCAGCUCUCCCCCUCGUCCAACCAGAAGCAGCUGAGCCAGUGCACGCGUCAGGACGGCUCUGUGGACUGGAAGCAGGUGUUUGUGGAGCGCUACCGUCUGCACCGCAACUGGCUGGGCGCCCACUGCCAUGUGAGGACCUUUGAGGGGCACACAGAGGGCGUCUCCUGCGUACAGUUUGAUGACCACCGCAUUGUGUCUGGCUCCCAUGACAACACUAUCAAGGUGUGGAACAUGAGGACCAACUCGAAGUGGUCGGUGCAAACGCUUGUGGGCCACUCCAACAUGGUACGCUGCCUCCACCUCUCUGGGAACAGGCUGGUCAGUGGCUCAGCGGACGCUACUAUUAAGGUGUGGGAUGUGGAGGAGACGAGCCAGUGGUCAUCCAUCAACUGUAAGGUCACUAUGAUUGGUCAUUCAUCCACUGUACGGUGCCUCCAGGUGGUAGGGGAGCGAGUGGUAAGCGGCAGCUAUGACCACCUGGUGAAAGUCUGGGCGCUGUCCUCAGGGGAGUGUCUGCGCACGCUGGCCGGCCACCAGGAGCCUGUGUUGACAGUGGCCUUUGACAAUGACAAGAUUAUCUCUGGGGCGGCUGAUAAGACCAUCAAGGUGUGGCAACUAGAGUCAGGUCGAUGCCAGAAGACGCUGGUGGGACACGAGGACGGGGUGACCACCCUCACCUUUGACCAGACCACCAUAAUCUCGGGCUCUCUCGACUGCACCAUACGACUGUGGAGCCUUGUGACGGGCCAGUGUGUGGGUGUGCUGGAUUGGAUGUCCAGUGAGGGCCACACAGGUGUGAUACGGUGCCUGGCUGCGGACUCCAGGCGCAUUGUGAGUGCUUCUGAUGACAAGACCAUAAAGGUAUGGGACAGAGACACCUGCCGCCGCCUAGUGACCCUGAGGAACCACACCGAUGGGGUCACCUGCCUCGCCUUCAACGACCAUGUCAUAGUGAGUGGCUCCUAUGACAAGACUGUUAAGCUGUGGGACUUCAGUGUCUGCUAACCCUCCAUCCUCCCUUCCGUUACCUUCUAAGGGUGUUCCCCCCUCCCUGGCCUGCCUGAGGGAAGGUUAUCAGGGCCUGCAAAGAAAUAGGUACACUCAGCCUUUUCCAGGUGUUAGUGUGGAAGGUUUCCAGAGUUCAGUGUUCCUCCUGUGGUAGGGGAGAAAUGCAUAUCCAGUUCCCAGAUGCACUUGCUCUCUUUUGUUUCUGCAGCAAAGGGCAUUUUUGUUCCCAGAGACAUGUUUUGUUUGAAUAUUGUCUUGUUUAAAGUUGUGAGUGUGUUCGGUGUUCAUUGUAACCUGAGGAUGUCUCCCUGGGUGCAUCCGGUGGACUGUUUGCUGAAGGAGCACCUUGACCAACACCCACAGUGCAUCUUUGUGUUCCCUCGGUGGCUCAAAGUAGCGUGAAAGUACUGAUUUUAUACUUACAGUGUGCUUGAAAAUAUUUGUUAAAAGUAAGGGGAAUCAAUAUAGUGAGAAAGUGUUUAUAGUGUUCAUUGUAUUCUCCAAAAUUUUUUCAUAUAUAGGAUCUCACUGUCUUCCUCUGAGAAUAUUGACAUUUCCAGUUAUAGGAAUAGAAGUGAAGAGGGUGUUUUGUACCAAGAGUUUCCGGGUUUCCUGAAUCUUUUGACAAUAAUUACUUGGUUUCUUGCUGUAGAGGUAAUAGAAGUGUAGCAUUUCUCCAUUAGUGCAAAAGACAGAAGUUCAGUAUAUUAAGCACUCCCAUUGUAGAGGUGUAGUGAAUUCAUAGUACUGUAAAUAGCACCACUGGAACUAUUACUAUUUUAUGUUGACUUAAUCACAGUGGUACAAAGACUUAUUUUCAUUCACAAUGAAAUACUUAUGGGCAUUGAUCAGUGAGAUCUCUGAGACAUAGACUAGUGUUAAUGACACGGCAGACCUUUAUAAGUCUGUUUACCCUCCACUGAGUACUGACUGUGUUAUGGGAACCUGGAUAUGCACCACAGAUUACUCCAAUUUAUACUGAAUCCACAACCUUAUAGGCUCGGCAAGACUUACAAACCUUAUACUCUUUAUCACAAUAUUUUCACAAGCACAGGACCUGGUUGUACAUAACAUAAACAGUGGACAAUAAGGAGUAGAAAUUAUGUUUAUUUUGUGCAGAAUAAGUUGGGGUAAUGACUCACUUUUGUGAUAUCGCCGUCGGCACACCCUGCAGCCUGAUUCGUUAAUUCUGAGGAUGUUUAUUGGUGUUUCGGCAAGUGUACUUUGCAUGGUUGCUGUCACCUGAGUAUUGUCUUUUAUGUGGGGAGUACGUCCGUGUGUCUGUUGCACCUUGUUUUGAUCACUUGUCAUGGCUCUCGGAAAUGUAUCCCAGGUAUUUGUUUGGUGUUAGAGAUGCUGCUUGAUCCUGCUGUGAUUCUGCAGCUGUUGGGGGGAGUAUGUGGCACCAGCAACUUUGAUGUGGAAGCUGUGCGUGUGUGCUUGUAGAAGAGAGAGAGAGAGAGAGAGAGAGAGAGAGAGAGAGAGAGAGAGAGAGAGAGAGAGAGAGAGAGAGAGAGAGAGAGAGAGAAUUUCUUUGAUGAGUAUUAUAUUUGAUGCCAUUCAAAGUAGAUGCUAAGACAUAAAUAUUUACUUCCUUUUUGUCAUCUGAAUAUGUGAGUUAUUAGUGAAGUUGGGUUUGAAAUUGGGCAUUCAUCUCCAUUAUUUUGAUGCAUAUUGCUGGUGUGGAGCAUUGGAGGUGAUGAGAGAAAGUCACCAUGACUAGUGUUUCAUCCCACAACUUGGUGAAUGAGUGUGCUGUUUGCCAUGAAAAAGUGUCUGCAGUGAAUUGGAAAACAAAAUUGGAGAGAAACAUGAGAAUUUUCGAUGUUUUUUUUUUUUAUAUAUGAAGGUGUUGUGCAGCUGAUGUAAAUACUGGAUGGUGUUAUGUGUCUAAACACUACUGGUGGAGGGUGAGGUGGAGCCACUGCAAGGCGACACAAGCUCGGACAUAAGUGAUAAGCAGUUUGGUACACACAUUCUUGAUUGGCGAAUGUGGUAAUGUUGACAUGGACUAAAUCAGGCUCAGUAUUGCAGGAGUUUUGCCGUUACUGGUUCAUGUCGUAUCAUAUGUACUUGAGAGUUGCUUUGUGUUUGUAGCAACUAAGGAUGUUUAGGAAGUGUUACAUAUAUAUAUUUUUUUAAUCUGUUAAAGGGGUGGUGCAGGAUUACAUUAAACUUUUAUUGCAAUUGGGGAAGUCGUUCAAAGAUGCUUACCUUGUGUGUCAGCACUCAUGUUACAACAAUGAGUAAAGCACAGUUGUUCUUCAGUCUCAUUCUGGCUGAGGGGAACAGAUCAGUCCAUCAUGCAAUUCAAAUGUUCAUGUUAAGUUUCAGUAUUUUGAGGAAGAGUAAAGACAACCAACUGUGUUACUCAGAGACAGUGUUCUGUGAAGUCUCUGUCAAGUAUCCUGUCUAGAUAAUUUGUACAACUUCUUUCUCCAUCUCUGUUGUUUAGGAUUCCUUUGUAUGUUCCUUUCUAUCCCUCAGCCUUCACUUUGAGACCAGUUUUACAACCCCUAUCUCCAUCCCAUUACCUUUGCUUUAUUUCAUCACAGGUUGUUAUGACAGAUUCAUUUUGCACAACUGUGGGAAGGCCUGGAGCAUUCCACAUAAAUCAGAUGCACAAGGUGACUAAUUCAAGGGGAAUAGUGGCCAAAUCUAAAUCAGGUCUGGUUUUUCAAGGUGCAGUUCAGAAACGUUAGUUUGCACCUUGAGUAACAUUGACGUAUUGAAGUAAAACCAGGACCUGAGAUUGAAGUUAGGGGUCUAGGAAUAGAUAGAGGUACCUGUGGUGAGAGUAGAAUGGAUGAUGAGAGUAAUGAAAGCAUGAAUAGUAAGAUUUUGAUGUCCAGCUAAGGUGAAGGAAUAGUUUAAGAGUGAGUGAUGAUGGUGAUAGGUUUUGGGGAUAGGGAGAAAAUAAGGUGACUGUGUGGAUGUACAAGUGAGGUGAGUGAAUAUGAGAGACCAGCAGUGAUGGAGGAAGGAAAGGAUAAUGAAGCUUCUGUUGUCACUAGUAAGCAUUCUAGGAAAUAAAUGUGGGAAGGGGUCAUUUCAGUGUGGGCUUGUGGCUUUGUGUGCUACAAAGUUCUCUAUACACAGUAAAACCUCAUUUCAACAGACGUGUGAGCUGGGACUGUGAAGGCUUGAGAUGAGCAUGACAGAGUGGUCGGGUGAAUGUCGGUGUGUUUUGUGAGUGCACACACCUCAUUGACUGAAGUGCCUGAGUAGGUGUCUUUGUGUGUGUGUGUGUUUAUUCUUGGUGAUGUACAGUUGCUGAGAGAAGUGGUGUUGCUCUUUUGGUGUACAUCAAGGAAAAUAUUCAUGGUGAUGUAUGUCUCAGAAAUGGUGUUUCUGUGUAUAGCUGGGAAAACAUUCUUAGUGAUGGUGCAGUUGCUCAGAGAAGGGGUGUUGCUCUCUUCCAAUGGUGUGCCUUUCUGCUUGAUUGGUCUGUUCAGAGGAGGUUUUACUGUGUGUGUGUGUGUGUGUGUGUGUGGGUGGAUGGUGGUACGUGAGUGUGUGUUUGUGUCUCAUGAUCUCUUGCCAGGUUGUGUGUGCAUAAAUGAGCUGUAUAGGGCACUGAAGGCCCAGCGUCCCACACCAGCAAGUCAAGGCAUAUCACUGCAUUGUUUGUUGCACUCACAUAGACUUUCCCUACAAAAAGUAUCCAUACCUUUCUAUACAGUUUUUUCAGGCACUUUUGUACUACAGUCUUUUAGUCCUGUAGCUUAGAAAAGACAAAAAAAUAUGCUCUGAUGAUAGAUAGUGAAGAGAACAUAGGCUAAGGAAAGUUCCCUUCAGCACUAUCUCCAACUUGUCACAAUAUCUUCACUCUCAUUCUCUCUAUUUCUCUGUGUGGCCAAGCAAGCUAGUUUACAGUGACAUGAAUAUUAGAAGCAGUGAGGGAAUUAAGACUUGGUUCAGAGUCCAGGCAUGAAAUGAGUGAUACUGUAUAUAGGUGAGGUUCUGAAGGGCAUGGCAAAGAGGUGUACUGUAGGUGUUUGCCUAGUGGAGUGUUUGGUAUGUAGGGGAGGUCUUGAAGGAUAAAGAGGAAGUAUAUUGACAGCCUUGAGUUGCCUGCCUGGUGUGUUUUUUUUUUGGCUGCAGGAGAAGUAAAGGGUCACACAUCUUGUAUUACCCAGCCAUUCGCUAGUGACCUCAUUGCCAGAUCUCACAGAUUCAUUGAUUACAUUUCGCUGUUGUUUCCUCAGUGCAAGAAAUAUGAGGUUCUGAAUUUUGUGCUGGAAUGUAGCGGAAUGUGAACUUAGCACUAUUUGUUUUUAGCACCAAGUGAAUGAAUUGAUGAGUGUCCCAGGUUCUGACUCGCUGGGUGUCCUGUGUGAGGUGACAGGCUGUGCACCAUUAGUUUUCCGCAGUCAGCAAUGUUGAGUUACUCGUACAAAUAUCUCUGUAGUUGAGUUUCCCGUGUUUUAUAUUUUUUUAUUGCCCUGGUAAAGUUACAAUUAAUGGAAGGGUAACUAAUGUGUAUUCCAGUGUGUUUAGUGCUUUCCUGUAUUCUUAAGUCCUCUGAUGUGGUGAAAAUAUAUCAGUUUUUAUGUUUUAUAAGGAGAAUGUAAGAGAUUAGAGGGCUUGAGACUCGGAAAAUUCUAAGAAGGGGAAGUGAGAGGAGAAAAUUUAUUAUUAAUUUUUACUUUUAAUUAAUGUUUACUAAAAUGUGGUCGCCAGUGUUAAGGUAGUACAAGUUUUAGCCGUAACAUUGUAUUUCGCCUACGCGCUAAUGAGCUUCUAAUACGUUUUAGUUCACUGCGUCGUUACCGUUGGUUUCCGCCUUUUGACACGACUAACUCUGUCCUGAAGACUCGUAGAUAUGUUAGCGGUGUUCAUGUUACAUAGAGUACAGUAUAUCCAACCAGUCCCUCCUGAUGUACAUGUCGCUUCAGUGCUGAGGAAUUUGCCGACAGUUACGUUUCUUCACGUGAUAUUUAACUCAUUGAUAUUAUAGAUUAAGACUUAUUACUGCAGUUAUGGUCGUUGGUUAAGUAAUGUUCUCUCUUUUGACUUUAGCAUUUUUACUCAGUCUUAAUUCCUCUGAUUUGCUAAAGAUAGAUAAUUUGAUUGUUUUCCUUCAUCCUAUACUUUGCUAAGAAUUAAUAAGUUCUUUUUGAGAUUGUAAGCAGAUUAAGGGAUGUAAGACUGGGGAAAUACAGUGAAAAUGAGUGAGUUACUUGCCAAACAAUCAUAACUGUACCUUUUUAAUAUCGUCAUCUUUGUAAACAAACUACCUGUAAUUUUUUUCAUACUUUUGGGAAAUUUAAGUAAAAAGUAGAAAAGUAGGAAAGCUGAAGUAAAUUUUUGGCCACUUGUACCCUGGAAAAACUGAAAAGUUUAGACUGAUUUUAUACCACUAGAAAAACUGAUAGGUUGAGGCAAAUUUCAGACCACUCACAACUUGAACAGGAUGAAAACAAACAUACCAACUUGUCUGCCCAGUGAUGAAGAGGAGGUCUACGUAAAAAUCCAGAAACUACCAAAAGUGAAGAGUUUGCCAGUUCGUUUAUGAGAGUGACGAUACUUUAACUUCUCAAGACUUCUCUCCAAAAGCCACCAACAAGAAGGAAGGAAGAUCAAAACGCGACUAUGCAACCAACUUUUGUAUCGACUUGGGACGUCGUUAAUGCAAGAAUCCGGAUAUGAAUGCCUGCUGUGUACGUGAGGUACUUGUUCGAUGUCUUGUUUCAUUAAGGAGUGACUGUAUUUAUAUGUGUGUGGAGUAUUAACGCUUCUAUUUAUCAGGGUGGAAAGGUUUUUUAUCUGUGUGUCUGUAUGUGUGAGCGUUUGCAUCAGUGGAAAAAUAUAACUUGCUUGCUCAAAUAUAUGGAAUUGUUUUCUUGUGACAGGCUGAGAUUAUGAUAUUAAAUAAGUGUUGCUUAGUCCAGUGAAUUUAUCUACAUUCCAAGUUAAAUCUGUGGUCUGUGAUGCCACUUUUAAUAAAUUUUGUCCAAUCCGCUUGCUAAUGUUGAAAUGAUAUGGAAUUUUAGACGUUACAAAUAGAGUAUUUAACUUCCGUGGUGCAAGUUGAUGUGGGGAUUUCUAUCAUGGGGAAUAUAAUAUAGUAAGUGUGGUGGUCGGAAUGUAAGUGUGGGUAUUAAGUGUUUAUCCGUGUGGGGGAGGCGAUAUGUUUGCAAUGGUCUAUAAUGCUUUGAAGUUUGCUUAGCCAGGCCUUGUGACUUGGAGGGGUCUAGAAGGUGACAGCCCACAGACAGUACUGAAAUGAAAUGAAAGAACAAUUAAGCAUCAUUCCACUCUUGAGUAUUGACGCAGAGCCAAAAGCAGAGGUACGCUUCUCGGAAUUGGCUUGUAUGUUGUUGUGAGGAAGUGUAAUCAAGUUUCUUAGUAUGCUACGUUUGUUUCCGGAUACUGCUCUGGGUCGUCAGCCGCUGUGCUUGAAUACCGCAAGCCUUACUGAAUGUAUCUAUGCAAUUUGAAUUUACAAGUGAUAAAUGAAUGUGAGAAACCUUCAUCUUUGUGCAAGUAUGUGUAUGUUUCAAGUGUGUGUGUGUGUGUGUGUGUGUAGGGAGUCUUGUGGGCAUGAGGUGGCACUGGUGUCAUCUGAUACUUGCCUGGCAUUCACUGGUUGUCACUCCUGCUGCGAGGAAGGUGCCUUUAGGGGCUAGCUUAAACUCAUCACCAGUAUGUUUGUCAAGGAAGUGGCCCCGUUUGUGUUCUAGGGCCUUCAGUUGCCCUUUUGUUGCUGUUGUGUGUGUGAAUAAAUCAAGGCAAUAUCCCUUUGUGUUCAAGGUUCUUUAGUUUAGUUGCUGUUUUUUACAAGUGAAUGAAAUGAGAAAUAAGUCUUUGUGUUCUUGGCUCUUGAGUUCCACCAUUUGUGAGUGAAUGAGUCAAGGAAAUAGAUUUUUUAGUGUUCAAGGUUCCUUAGUCUUGUUUUUUAUGAGCGAAUGAGUCAAGAUUCCAUUUUUCUUUGGUCUGUUGGUAACUUUCAGGAGUGAGUGAGUCGAAGAAAUAGCCUAUUAGUGUUCAAGAUUUCUUUAGUGUUGUUUUCUAGGAGAAAAUAAGUCAGGAUCCCAUUUUUCCUUAGUCCAUGGUGUGUUUUCUGAGUGAAUUGAGGAAACAGUCCUUAUUGUGUCAAAGGUUCUUUUAGUUUUGUUUUCUAAGAGUGAAUGAGUCAAGAUCCCAUUUCCUUUCAUCCGUUGGUAACCUCCAGGGUGGCACCAGAACCCAUCAGCUGGCCGUGCUGACGACAGUGUUUGAGUGUUGGCGCUUGUUGCCGCCACUCCAGUGUUAGACUAUUAAUUUGUAGCUGGUGCUAGAAGAGGAGAAGGUUAGCUGUCCAGUAGAUGUAGUACCUUUUUUUUUCCUUUUUUGUUUCAUUAAAACAAUAAAUACUCGUAGUGUACA